AAUAUCGAUGAUGUCCAUGUCGAAAUUCGAGAGUCGGAGGUUAUCCGUCCUGCCGGUCUCAAAAUGUACAAGCCCGUCCCCACCUCCCACCCCACCGCCCAGGCCCGGGAGCCUUGCUCCACUGCCCUUGGUCUCCCCAUCUGUGCCGAAGCUACCCCGUUCAUCGAGGGAACUGGUGGUUUCUUCAUCUCCGACCCCCGCAACCCUGGCAAGAUUUACCUUGUCACGGCCAGACACGUUCUCUUCCACCCCGAUGAAGGACCCAAUGAGCUCCACUGGCAUCGCAACUCCAGCCAGCGCCGUAGGAAUGUCUUGCUGUUUAGCGACGCUGCGAUAGAGGAUCAUAUCCUGGCCAUCGGGUCCGAGAUCGGUGGCAAGAACAUCGUCAUCGAGCACUUCAAGCGCCGGUUGGAGGAUGCUGAGCAGAUGGAUGAGGAGGAGGCUGAGGCAGAGCGCAAUCAGGUCCUGCCCCAGUUGGAGGAGUUGAGGAAUGCGAUUGGAGCCCUUGAGAAGUUCCUUGCGGAUGUCUCCGGAGAAUGGAAGAACCGGAAAAACCGUGUUCUCGGACACGUUGUUCUGUCUCCCCCCAUCGGUCUCAACGUUGGAGAGGAAGGAUUCAUGGAGGAUUGGGCGGUGAUUGAGAUCGACGAUUCCAAAGUCGAUUUUUCUAACUUCGUUGGAAACGUCAUUGACCUCGGCACCAUCAUCCCCAUUGAUGAGUUCACGGCCUGGAUGUCCCCUCACCCCACCAACCCGCCUUCGUUCAAAUAUCCGGGAAACCGUCUCCUCAAGUUCUAUGGCACCAUCUCAGACGAGGAGAUGUGGAAGCUUGGCCCAAAGACUGUCGACCACCACAAUGACCCAUCCAUUAUGGUCAUCAAGCGUGGCUACGGCUCUGGCCUCACUGUCGGACGCCUCAACACCAUCCGUUCAUUCACCAGAGUGUACUUCAAGGGUCAGCCCAGUCAGAUGUCAAAGGAGGUCGCUGUCUUGCCUCGCAAUUCUGAAUCAGGAGCUUUUUCUAAGCUCGGCGACUCUGGUUCCGUUGUCGUCGAUGGCAAGGGCAGGUUUGCAGGCUUGCUCACUGGCGGCGCUGGAGUCACCGAAGCGUCCGACUGCACCUAUCUUACGUCCAUUAAUUUCCUUCUCAAGCGCAUGCUGGAACACGGUCUCAAGGCCAAUCUCUCAAGUACCCCUCUGUAUUACAAUUCAAAAAUCUCGGUCUCCGGACCAAUCCGCAAUCAAUGGAUUUGAUGCAGACCAGCCCAAUACCGUUUUCAAUACAAAUGAUAAGUUACAUGGAACG